AUGCUGGAGAAGUGCCAAAGAGCUGAACACAUGGAGACCGAGAGCCAGACUGAUGAGGACAGUGACUCGGAGGAAAUCCUGUGUGGAGUCCAUGAGAGCUGUGCCACCGACCUGACUCACCACCCUCAGCUGGAUACUGACAUAGAGGCAGUCAUGACUUUGUAUUCAGACUCUGCAGUCUCCAUCAGGGAUUAUGUGUCAAUUGAAGAAGUGGAUGUUGACUUAAAGAUAAAUACCAACGUUUUGGAUGAGGAAGUAGCCGAGGCCUGGAGGAUUAACCUCUCGGAUCCCAUUGUUAUCCGUCUGCACUUCUCUUCGUCUCAGUAUCUCGACGGACCUGCUCCUUCAGUUGAAGUCUUUCAACCGUCCAACAGAGAUCAUUUCAGCCUGAGGAAGCAACUACAGAAUAUUCUCACAGUCUUCUUAUCUCAGGAGUGGAAACAUCUGACAUGUGAGAGCGUUGUAUUCCGACAGAAGAGAGGACACAGCUGGUUCAGGUCAAGUGGAACUAUCAAGAAAUUCCGUGCAAGACUCCGCAUCUGGCUCACAAAAGCAAAGUCCGGUGAGCUCCAGGAACGUCCUGCGAGAGGGAGGAUCAUUUCACCAGCGAUGAAAAUAAAUCGUGCACAUUCUUACACCAUCAAUAACCUCCCAGGGGACCUCUUCACCUACACACCCAGUGGAAAGAGGGUGGUGGUGUCUGCGGUAAAGUCGUCAGCACAGCUCAGCACCAAACAGCUGAUAGAGCUGCUUUUCUCCACCCAGGCCAUCAAGCACUGUAAGACCACCCCAACUCUGCAGCAUGGCUUCUUGGUGCAGGUAAUGAGGUAUGUGGAGCAGAGACUCCCGACGCUGAAUGAAUACUGUGUUGUCUGUGAUGAGCGACAUGUGCUACAGAACGGCCCUUUGUUACAGCCAGCCGUUUGCACCAGAGAGCUCUGUGUUUUUUCCUUUUAUACAUUUGGGGUUAUGUCUGGAGCUACAGAGGAGGUUGCCACUGGUGCAGAGGUGGCUGACCUGCUGGUGGCCAUGUGCAGUGCCGCCCUUCAGUCUUCACGCAAGACCAUCGUAUUUGAACCAUACCCUUCUGUGGUUGAUCCCUGCAACCCACAAACCCUGGCCUUUAAUCCUAAGAGAAAGAGCUACGACAGGCUGCAAAAAGCGUUGGAUAAUGUCUUGUUAAUCAGGAGGAUGUCACAGGGUCCAUAUUCUGAAAUAAAGAAGCAGAUGGACAUGAUAGACCCUCUCGCUCAUCCCUUACUACAAUGGAUUUUAGCAAGCAACACAUCACACAUUGUCAAGCUCCCGCUGGACAGGCAACUUAAGUUCAUGCACACGCCCCAUCAGUUCCUGUUGAUCAGCAGCCCUCCGUCUAGAGAGGCUCGCUUUCAAACAGCCAGGGAACUUUAUGGAAGCACCUUUGCUUUUCAUGGUUCCCACAUUGAAAACUGGCACUCUAUUUUGAGAAAGGGGCUGAUUAAUGCCUCUUAUACAAAAUUACAGCUUCAUGGAGCUGCAUAUGGGAAAGGCAUCUAUCUGAGUCCUAUCUCGAGCAUAUCAUUUGGGUAUUCUGAGAUGGGUAAAGGGCGACACCAAAUGGACACCAAAGAAGAACUCAUAAAGAAAUACAACCAAAUAAACAGAAUCAAUCAGGAACCACUGGGUCAAGCCAGGUUUCUGCAAAACAGGAAUCUAAACUGCAUUGCUCUCUGUGAAGUCAUAACUUCCAAGGACCUUCAAAAACAUGGGAACAUUUGGGUUUGUCCGAUCCCCGACCAUGUGUGCACACGCUUCCUCUUUGUAUAUGAGAACGGUCAGGUGGGAGAUGUUCACAUCGACACCGAGGAGGACAAGAUCCACAGGGACAUUUUACAAGUAAUUGCUUCAAAGCCGUGCUGAGAAAACAAAUGCUUUAUCAUAAGAGUGUAGACUUCAUAUUUAUUUAUUUUUCACACUGACUGAAAUAGGUUUUGCUUUCUUUGAUUGUCAGCUUUUAUUUAAAUGAAAAACGCUAACUCAAAGUAAAGAAAAAAACACCACAAAGGUGAAGAGCUCUCUUUCUUUUAUC